AUGCCGGAGGAAGCAUUACUUAAGAUUAUAUUAUCUAUAUUAUCUCCCGAACAUCUUGGCAGCUGCUUUUGGUUGGGUCCAUCCUGCACCAAAUGCAGGAAGACGGUGGCUGCAAAAAUGAGGAAAAAGUCACUGGAGUCCAUAAACUCUAGGCUCCAACUUGUUACAAAAAGUGGAAAGUACUUGUUAGGGUACAAGCAGAUGCUGAAAAUUAUCAGACAUGGCAAAGUGAAACUGCUCAUACCCGCCAACUGCCCAGCCUUGAGGAAAUCUGAAAUAGAAUAUUAUGCCAUGUGGGCCAAAGCUGGUGUCCAUCACUACAGUGGCAAUAAUACUGCAUUGGGCACAGCAUGUGGGAAAUACUGCAGAGUGUGCACAUUGGCUAUUAUUGACCCAGAUGAUUUUGAUAUCAUUCGAAGCAUGCCAGAACAGACUGACGAAAAGUAA